GCUGUGUGAGUGAAAAAUUUCUCAGGAAUUACAAAGCAAUGCACUGAAACAAGUAUGUAAAUGGGAAUGCAAAUGAAUAUGCAAAUGAGAGAUGGAUAUUAUUGUCUCUUGUAAUCUUUUGUGGAAUACAGAUGAUAAUACGAUAUUUUAAAGUCCUAAAUGAAUGAUUAGAUAUGUUUAUAUGAUCUAUUAUAGAGUUAUAGUUUAUUACAACAAAAAAAAUGUCGGUGUUAAUUAGGGAAUAAACAUAUAUCUUUAUCACUGUUGUAUGAACAGAAAUAAUUACAUGUGUAAACAUACAUGGUUAAUAAACAGAAGAUAUUCUAGUGUUCUGGAUGAUGUGGAUUAUUCAUGUGUUGAUGUUAAGGGUUUCGAUUAUUAAUCGAAAAAAAAAGCCUCUAGCAUAGACCGGAAGUAAAAGUGGAACCGGAAGUGUAUGAUCGUCGUCGCUGUGUGUUUUGGUUGUGGUGGUGUUUUUACUGUAGAUGAUUUAGAUCCCACUUGGAGAAUUGAUGUCGUUUGGUGAAACUCAGAACAGCGGGCGGCGUAGUAAAUGGGACCAAGCCGCUCCGUCCUCUGGUGCUCUGGAUGCUGCUGCUGCCGUUGCUGCCAAAAUCAAUGCUAUGCUGGUGGCUAAAGGAAAACUGAACCCAGCACAGAUUAACACACACACAACAGGGGACACUGCUGCAUGUGGAGGGGCUAAGAGUGCAGUAAAAGCAAGGGAUGACCUGGUGGUGGCUGAGGUGGAGAUAAACGAUGUGCCGCUUACUUGCAGGAAUCUGCUGACCCGAGGACAAACGCAGGACGAGAUUAGCAGGGUGAGUGGGGCUGCAGUGUCCACUAGAGGGCGCUACAUGACUGCAGAGGAGAAGGCUAAAGCUCUGCCCAGCGACCGUCCACUCUACCUUCAUGUUCAAGGCCAAACCAGAGAGCUUGUGGACAAGGCUGUAAACAGGAUUAAGGAGCUCAUCACUAAUGGAGUGGUUAAAGCGGCAGUGUCUCAGCCCCCUCCUGCCAUACUGCCUCCUACAGGACCCAAACCUCACUGCACUGGGGUGAAGGUGUUUGUGGGAUUGGAUCAUGCACUUCCUGGUUUCUCUGUGAAGGAGAGGGUGGAGGGACCGAACUGUUCUUACUUACAGCACAUUCAGAAUGAGACAGGAGCCAAGCUAUUUCUGCGGGGUCAAAGGUCAGGCUGCAUUGAGCCAGCAUCCGGGAGAGAGGCCUUUGAGCCUAUGCACAUCUAUGUCAGUCACCCCAAGCCAGAGGGUAUCACUGCCGCUAAGACUUUGUGUGAAAAUCUGCUGCAGACGGUACAUGCAGAGUAUUCUCGCUACCUGAGUGAGAUGAGUGCUGUGAUGCCCACACAAGGUUUCCUUCCUCCUCCUGGUGUAAAUGGUAUGCCCCAUUAUUACCCACCUACUGUGCCUCCUGCAGCCCCGGCACCCACUCUUUACCCCCUUCCCCCUCUGACAGUAGUACCUACUACAGCACCAGAACCCACAGUGCCCCCUACUGCGCCGUACCACAUCACACACCCACUCGCAGCUAAUCUCACACAGAACCUCACACCAGCAGUAUACCCACUUGUGGCUCCACCCCAACAUACGAUUCCAUCUCCAGUCAAACCUGAGGCUCCGCCUUCUUCCAAGCCUGUGUCUCAGACAAAAUCUGUGGCUCCGGCCCCUGCCCAGAAACGACGCUUCACUGAGGAAGUGCCUGAGGAGAGUGAUAACAGCCUCCUGGGAUAUCAGCAUGGACCCAUUCAUGUGACUAAUUUAGGUUCAGGCUUCUCCGUGACCAGCCCUGAGACUGUAGGACCCCAACACAACGUUUCUGCUUCCUGUGGGGAGAGACAGGAAAGAGACAGUAGGCAGAUGAUGCUGGCUCUACCCCCACCAUUGAGCAGUGGAAUUCGAGAGCAGAAGAGUGAAGAGCGACUGCAUGGCUCCCUGGAAGCCCCCUUUCCUUCUCUGAUUGGCUGGUGGAUUCGUCACCCACUCUAACGGAUGGCUCGUGCGCGUGCACGUGUGUGUAGACGUGAGGCUAACUGUGCUCUCUCUUGUGUUUGUGUGUUCUCUCUCUCUCUUUGUGUUUUUCUGUUUCAUGACCCAUGAUGUGAUGUGGUGGGGGUUGGGCCACCUUCCCUUCUACUUCCUGACUGGAUGGCUUCAACAUUGUCCCCCCACCAAACCAACCAAUGAAAACUCUUCUUCAUUCAUCACCACUGCUGCUGGUCAACAACCUGUGUGUGUAUGUGUGUGUUGCAUUGGUUAUUUGUUAUUAUGCAUGCUGGUUCUCUCCUUCUUUCUCUCUCUCUCUCUCUGUCUCUCUGUUUGUCUGUCUCUCAGCUCCUCAGAUAAAGCGCAUCAGGAUGGGGUUGGUAUCAUACUCUGGUGAUUCUUCUGAUGAAGAGGAGGAGCUUUUAUCUCAGAACUUGGGUGAAGCCAGUGUGGUUGGCUCCUCCUCUUCAACAUGGGCUGCUGGGACUUUCAGAUGCACUGCCCCUUCUCAGCCACAGCCCAAAACACAGACCACACAGUCAAUGCCUUUCUGGAUGGCGCCAUGAAAGGGAGUAACACACACACGCACGCACGCACAUCCUUCGGGCCGGAGCUUAUGUUUCAUCAGCCAGAUGUGUGCCAGCUAACUCGUUUGAUCAAAUAUAACAAAUGUAGUUCCCCCUUCUUGAACCAGAGACCUCUGAUACAUGGCAACAUCAAUACACUACACUUUUGUUCCUCUCUGCUCUUAAGCUUGCAUUGAGCAGGCAAACUGGUUCUUUUAAUGUUACAGGAAGUGAUGUAACAGACAGGAAGUAUGUACAGGUGUAAUGUAAUGAGCUGGACAACAGUGUUUUUUUCUCAGAAUAAAUUGCCAUCUCUUAAAACCGA